AUGUAUGCCCAGCGCCCUUUGGCGUAUGCGCCGACUCCUUACAGCUAUACCCCUAAUCCGGCCUUAUCUGCGUCCAUCAAUCUCGAUGAGGAAGUUAAACUAGCCUCCAGCUCGGCCGAGCGCGAUCUAUAUGAGUCGCUGGCUGAAAUUUACAGCAUCAUAGUCACCCUUGAUGGCCUCGAGAAGGCUUACAUUAAGGAUGUGGUUACGGAAGCGGAGUACACAGAAACGUGUACUCGGUUACUGAAGCAGUACAAGUCUAGUUUGGGGGACGACAGCGUCGCCCAUGAGUUUGUCGAUCUGGAGACCUUCAAGCGAACCUGGGGGUUGGAAUGUCCCCGUGCUACCGAACGUCUUCGUAUCGGGCUUCCUGCGACUGUCGAGCAGGCCAGUCACAACGCACCAGCAGCUAAUAUGGGCUCGACAGCAGGCCCUAAUGGAGGUGCUUCAGGCAGCCUGAUCCUAACGGCCACGGAGAACUUUAUCACUUUCCUCGAUGCGUUAAAGCUGAAUAUGGUGUCGAAGGAUGCGCUCCACCCACUACUCUCCGAGGUGAUCCAGUCCGUCAACAAGGUGACGGACGGGGACUUCGACAACCGGGGCAAAAUCAUUCAGUGGCUAAUCACAUUGAACCAGAUGCGUGCGACAGAAGAACUGAGUGAGGACCAGGCGCGAGAGCUGUCCUUUGACAUUGAACAAGCCUACCAAGGGUUCAAGUCGACCGCGGACCUCGACGAGCCUCUCCACGUGUUCGACCUGCCUCAAAUCCAUACUAAACCGUCUGGAACCGAACUUCUACGAGCUCUUGAUAUCUUAGCGAUCAAACCAAAAAGUUUCGCUUCAAGUAGCCAUGAAGCGGUGAAGGCUCCAACUGUUCAUCCGACCGGAGUACCGCGCUAUUUGACGUCUAUCAUCUCGAGCCCCCUUUCAUGGCUAGAUACCGAUGAGCUUCGGGAAGCUGUUUGGGAUGCUGCUGCUGCUCGACUCAGCGAGCGCUCUGGGCGAGCCGCGAUGCCUGCCAUGUCCCGUGUCUUCACAAUUCCCAGUCCGUCGGGUGAAGAGCUGACCCUGACCCUGCACGAACCAUCCUUGACUGCCGACAACCUAGGGAUGAAAACCUGGGUAUCCUCGUACCUUCUCUCCCAACGACUCCACUCUCUCCUCGAAUCAACUCCGCAACUCGUCCCAUCUGAGACGACGAUCCCCACCCCAAAGACAGAUCGCACACUUCGGGCCCUAGAGCUAGGCGCUGGAACGGGACUUGUGGGCCUUUCCUUUGCGGCCAUCCGCGGACAGUCGGCUUCGAUUCAUCUUACAGACCUCCCCGAUAUUGUUCCUAACCUCGCCCACAAUACCGCCCUGAAUGUGGAGCUACUUACCAACACGGCCGCGACUGUCACGACUGGCGUGCUGGACUGGUCCGUUGCGCCCGAGCUUCUCCCUACUCAAGAGAAACAAUACGACCUGAUCCUGGCGGCCGACCCCCUGUAUUCCCCCAAGCAUCCCAAAUGGCUCGUGCAGACCAUCGGACACUGGUUGAGCCGCGGCCUUGAUGCACGCGUGGUGACCGAAAUGCCUCUGCGAGAUGCAUACUUGCCGCAGGUCCAAGAGUUCCGUGAGCGCAUGGGGCAGCUUGGUCUAGAGGCGGUUCAUGAGGGAGAGGAGAUAGGGUACGAUGACUGGGAGUCGGCAGAUGGAGGAGCGCUGGCAGUUCGAUGCUGGUGUCAACCCACCAAAAUGGUCAUCGGCCUAUUGACAAUAGCCGCAAUUCCCACCGUAACAGGUGUUGCGCUAGGCGUAAGCGAACAGCGCAAAGCAAACGAGCGCAAAAACGACGAGAGGCGCAUGGCCAAAUUCCUCAUCGACGUGGAAACCAACGGCGAAACCCAAGAAGACAGCGAAGUAUGCGGGAAGCGGUUCGUAUUAAGGAAUAACAAGGUUUAUCUCGAUGAUCCGAAUCCUUCGAAGCGUAAGCUUCCGUCGCAUACGGUGACUUCGUUUUACAUUGAGUAUCCGGAGCUGGAGGAGACGAAACAUUUGAAGCGGGGGUUGGGGCUUGUUACUACGAUUUCGGAUAAUCCGCCUAUGCUGGGGUGGAUUUAUGUGGAUAAGGAUACGCAUGAGUUGAAGUAUGGGAACCGCACGGCGAGUGUUGAACAUGUUGUUGGGCCGUGGGAUUGGACGGAGGAUGAGACGACGAUAACGCUGGAGGAGAGUCCGGAUUUUUAUGCGGUGCAGGAGGAGGAUGGGGACUGGGCGGUUUAUUUUGAUCGCGAUGGGGAUGAGUUGGAGUAUGUUCUGGAGGAACAGGACAAAUUGGAUAAUGCGUUUGCGCCUAUCGCUUUGAAGCGGAAGCUGAUUGAACAGCUUUUACAACAAGCCCAAGCCCAGCAAGCUAAGAAAAAUGAUAACUCGUGA